CCCGCGCUGGGUCGGUGUAGCUCAUCCAAACCAGAGCUUGCCGCUUUGGGUAGCGUUACUGCAGACAACCCCGUGGGCUUCUAGUGCUCUUUGAAGGAUUGAAAGUAAUUCGGAAGUCCCCUUAUCCUUGGGGACCCCUUAAGGUCCAAGAACCCUCGGCGGGGACUAAGGAGACCGGUGAUUUCCCAUCUAGUGAUCAUCGAUCUGAGCUCAGGGCACCCACCUGUCCCCCAGUCUCUGUCCUGUCCCCUGGUCUCUGUGCACACCCCCUCCAGGGCUCACGACUCUGUUUGGAUGGCGGGGGGUAGGCAGCAGGUGCCGCGUGUCUGUGUAGCGCGACAGAUGAGGAGCAGCAGACAUCGAAUGGGCGAGGCCCUCGCCGGUGCACCCCUGGAUAAUGCCCCCAAAGAGUACCCCCCCAAGAUCCAGCAGCUGGUGCAGGACAUUGCCAGCCUCACGCUCCUGGAGAUCUCUGACCUCAACGAGCUCCUGAAGAAAACGCUGAAGAUCCAGGAUGUGGGGCUCAUGCCAAUGGGCAGCAUGGUGCCUGGUGCAGUGCCUGGUGCUGUCCCUGCUGCUGCAGCCCCUGAGGCUGCGGAAGAGGAAGAUAUCCCCAAACGAAAAGAACGGACACACUUCACCGUCCGCCUGACAGAGGCGAAGCCUGUGGACAAAGUGAAGCUGAUCAAGGAGGUCAAGAGCUUCGUGCAGGGCAUCAACCUCGUGCAGGCAAAGAAGCUGGUGGAGUCCCUGCCCCAGGAAAUCAGAGCCAACGUCGCCAAAGCUGAGGCUGAGAAGAUCAAGGCGGCCCUGGAGGCGGUGGGCGGCACUGUGGUUCUGGAAUAGCCCGAGGCUCCAAGGACUUGUGUUGAGGGGUCUCUGGGACCCCGGACGAAGCCCUGGCCACCCUGUCCUAGCACCAGGCUCCCAGAUGGGGAAUUGGGGUGUGAGAGCUAAGGGCGCCAGGUGGCCAGAAGGACGGGAUGGACCUACCGUGAUGGGGCGGGAGGGGCAGCCGCUGCCUGCGCGAGCGCCAGGGAGCCCGACUCCAGACACACUGUGUGCAUUACCACGUGCUGCUCUGAUGGCCACUGAGACAAAUACACUGUUCGGGCUUGAUGUGA